AUGGGUGAUGAUAGUACGGGAACUAAAAAUAUAAUGUUUGAUUGUGGAAUGCAUAUGGGUUAUAAUGAUGAUAGAAGAUUUCCGGAUUUUUCAUAUAUUUCCAAAACGAAUCGAUUCACCGAGCAAUUGGAUUGUAUCAUAGUAAGUCAUUUUCACUUGGAUCAUUGUGGUGCCUUGCCAUAUUUCACUGAAAUGUGUGGGUACGAAGGACCUAUCUAUAUGACACAUCCUACCAAAGCCAUUUGUCCUAUAUUACUUGAGGAUUAUCGAAAGAUUACCGUCGAAAGAAAGGGGGAAACGAAUUUCUUCACGUCUCAAAUGAUUAAAAAUUGUAUGAAGAAGGUCACCGCGGUAAACCUUCAUCAGACGAUUAAAGUUAAUGGUGAUGAUGAUUUAGAAAUCAAACCAUUUUAUGCUGGUCACGUUUUGGGCGCGGCCAUGUUUUAUGUACGCGUGGGUUCACAAUCGGUAGUUUACACGGGAGAUUACAACAUGACUCCUGAUCGACACUUGGGCGCGGCGUGGAUAGAUAAAGUACGUCCGAACCUGUUAAUAACCGAAUCAACUUAUGCCACCACUAUACGCGAUUCCAAAAGAACACGUGAACGUGACUUUCUAAAGAAAGUUCAUGAUUGCGUUUCACAAGGAGGGAAGGUUCUCAUACCAGUUUUUGCUCUUGGACGUGCCCAAGAGCUAUGUAUCUUAAUUGAAACGUAUUGGGAGAGGAAUAAUCUUAAUGUACCCGUUUACUUCUCGGCCGGUAUGACCGAGAAAGCCAACGAUUAUUAUAAACUUUUUAUUAAUUGGACGAAUGAGAAGAUUAAAAAUACUUUUGUUCAACGAAAUAUGUUCGACUUUAAGCAUAUCAAACCCUGGGAUCGACAAUAUAUGGAUUUACCGGGUCCCGCGGUUUUAUUCGCCACCCCUGGUAUGUUACACAUCGGCACAUCCUUGGAAGUCUUUAAGAAGUGGGCACCACAUCCGGAGAAUAUGGUCAUCAUGCCCGGAUAUUGUGUGGCUGGUACUGUAGGAGCCAAAGUUCUCAACGGGGACAAGGAGAUUUAUAUAGAUGCUUACAAUAAGAUCACUGUAAAUAUACAAGUGAAAAAUUUGUCUUUCAGCGCGCAUGCUGACGCCAAGGGAAUUUUACAACUUAUAAAGCAGUGCGACCCAAGAAAUGUAAUGUUGGUUCACGGGGAGAAGGCAAAGAUGGAAUUUCUGCAAGAGAAGAUUAAGCGUGAGUGUAAGAUUCCAUGUUUUUCACCGGCCAACGGAGAAACUUUAAUUAUCAAUACACCCCUUUCCAUACCCGUUGAUGUUUCGGUUGAUUUGCUCAAACGUCACCAUGCCGCACAAAAGCUUCCUUUCCCCACCUCGGAUGAGAAAAUUGACAUUACGCGUAUCAAGCCCGUGAAUGAGAUUCCCAUACAAGGUGUUUUGUCAAUGGAACCGGAUCGAAUACCGAGAUUAAUGGAUGCCGAUGAAGCGAUGCGCGAUGCAAACCUACCAUUACGAGAGUUAACGUUUGAAUUUAUUAAGACUUUUGAUCCCAGCAAGGUGCAAAAAAAUCUUGACGCGUCACCUCACGUUGACGUUCGCGUUCGAGCUUUGGAAAUCGUCUAUGAAGCAGUAACGAAAGCUCUUAGAGGCAAAAUGUCAUGUACGGAAAUAACAAAGAUACCAUCACAGAUAAAGAUAAGAAGCAUGUUAAUAAGCGUAUCGGACGACAAUACCAACUCUCUUAAUAUUUCGUGGAACCAUCGAGAUGAGAAUCUGGCCAAUUACCUGAUGUCGAUAAUAGAUAAGGCCCUUCCUGAUGAGUGA